CCUCCCGCUGUAUUGUUGUGAGUGCUGGGAGCGGUGAUGGCGGCGCCGGUGGGUAUCGGCGCGCUGCUGCGGUGCGAGGGGGUGGAGGACGCGCUGUACAAGGAGGAGGGGGUCUGCGUGCUCGGUGUGUUCGGGAAGAGCGCUCUGCAGUCCGGCUCCGCUAAAGAGGCGCUUAUUAACGUGCUCGCGGACAAACACGUCUUUCCCCUGUUCAGCGGCAGCAGCGGCGGCGGCGGCGGCGCGGGGGAGAAGAGCGGGGUGGUGGAGGGCGGCAGCUCGAUCAAAGCCUACUACAGCCAGGAGAGCCGGGUCCUGUACCUGGUGCUCACCUCCGUGUUCGACAACAGGCAGCUCCUGAAGGCCUGCGAGGGUCUUACCUCGGGUCUGGGCCACGCUGAAGCCCACGACUUCUGGAAGGGGGCUGAGAAAGAGCACUGCCUCCAGCUGCUGUUCCUCUUCUCCCUGUGCCAUGUGCUGCUGCUGGUCCAUCCUACCUGCUCCUUCGAUGUCACCUAUGACAGGCUGUUCCGUGCCCUGGACGCCCUGCGCCAGAAGGCCUUGCCCCUGCUCCGCGGGGCCAUAAAGGACUGCCCUGUGUCCAAGGAGUGGAAGAUGAACUGCAGGCCGUGCCCCCCUCGCCUGCUGUUUGUGUUCCAGAUGAAUGGGGCACUCAGGGUCAGCAGCUCGUCUGGUGGGAACGGCAAUGAUGGUCCUGGGGGAGACAAGCCCAAGAAGCACUCUCCCAGGAGGCGUCUCCAGCAUGCUCUGGAGGAUCAGAUCUAUCGGAUUUUCCGCAAAAGCAGAGUCCUCACUAACCAGAGCAGCAACUGUCUCUUCACAGUGCCAGCCAACCAGGCAUUCGUCUAUGUGGUUCCAGGCCCAGACGAGGACCCCAUCAGCUCCCUGCUAGGCCAACUGCGUUCAAACUGUGCCCUGCGAGAGAAUGAUGCUGGCACUCCUGUCCCUGGGCCAAGGAGGUACCAGCAGAUGCGCCACUCCAACCGGCAGCCCUCCUUCAACGUGGAAAACAACGGCUUCUUCUCCUCCUCAGGGGGUCAGCUAGUGGACUGUACCCUGAAGGAGUUCCUGUGGCAGCACGUAGAGCUUGUCUUGAGCAAGAAAGGCUUUGAUGACAGCGUGGGUCGCAACCCACAGCCGUCUCAUUUUGAGCUGCCCACCUACACCAAAUGGGCCCACAUUGCCUACAAACUCUACCAGGUGAUGAUUGAAACCAGUGAUGAUGAGACGGCUGAGCUCUCCCUUAAAGUGCAGGGUCAGCUGAAAGUGCUCGAAGGCUUCCUGGACGCAGACGCCAAAUUUUCUGAAAACAGGUGCCAGAAAGCCUUGCCUCUGGCCCACAGCGCAUACCAGUCUAACCUUCCUCACAACUACACUACCACAGUGCACAAGAACCAGCUGGCUCAGGCUUUACGGGUUUACAGUCAGCACGCCAGAGGUGUAGCCUUCCAGCGGUAUGCCUUACAGCUCCAUGAGGACUGCUACAAGUUCUGGAGUAAUGGACAUCAGCUGUGUGAGGAGCGCAGCCUCACAGAUCAGCACUGUGUGCAUAAAUUUCACCUGCUGCCCAAAUCAGGUGAGAAGCCAGAGAUGGACCACAACCCUCCUAUUCUCUACCACAACAGCAGAGGGCGCUCUACGAGUUCCUGUAACUGUGGGAGAAAGCAGGCCCCUCGAGAAGACCCGUUUGACAUCCAGGCUGCCAACUACGACUUCUACCAAAUUGUCGAGGAGAAGUGCUGCAGUAAACUGGAGAGGAUAAACUUUCCUGUGUUCCAAGCCAGCACACCAGACCCGGCCCCUGCGUGCGACGAGGUGACCAGAUCUGCAGAAGUGGCUCCCUCUGGGGAGGUAGAUCGUCUUAAAGAGAAAGAGACUGUUACCCAUACGCCAGGAGACAGUACUGGUCUGAGCCUAGCUCUCAGUCUAGGCCAGUCCACAGACAGCCUUGGCCCAUAUGGCGAUGGAGCAGAAGGGCAUGAGAAAAGGCCAAGUGUGGACCGUCAGGCCUCCACUGUGGAGUAUCUGCCUGGCAUGCUUCACUCCGGCUGCCCGAAGGGACUGCUGCCGAAGUUCUCCAGCUGGUCAUUAGUUAAACUUGGUCCAGCUAAAGCUUACAACAACCUCACAGGCUUAGAGCAGCCUGGCUUCCUCCCUGGCUCUGCCUUCCUCUUACCAUGGGACGUAGUAAUCCGAAGUCGCUCUGAAGACGACCCGAGUUCUUUAGAAGCCCUGGAUGGUGGACCUUCAUCAUGGCCAGCUCCCAACAAAGCACCUGCUGGGAAGAGAGGCAGCGCUGGGGGGAUUGGACGUGGUCGGAGACGUGACGAUGUUGCACGCGCCUAUGUUGGUUUUGAGUAUGAGGACAGCCGAGGUCGUCGGUUCCUCAGCUCUGGACCAGAUAAGGUUGUAAAGGUUCUCGGACAGGGAGGGGCAAAAGAGCCGGCUACUCGGGCCCUGAACUCUGACAUGCCUUUGUACAUUCCAUCUCCCGCUCAAGGCAGAGGGAUCAAGCCUCACUAUGCUCAGCUGGCUCGUCUCUUUGUUGUGGUUCCUGAUGCCCCACUUGAGAUUACGCUUAGCCCACAGAUUCAGCCAGGCCCUCCACCCUGUCCCAUUUUCCAUCCAGAGCAGGCAGAGGUUGUGCUGCCCCCUGAUGGACUGUGGGUGCUACGCUUCCCGUAUGCCUACGUGACAGACCGUGGACCAUGCUAUCCCCCCAAGGAGAAUCAACCGCUGGCAAGCUUCAGGGUCCUGAAGGGCAUACUGCGUGCUAACACAGCCAGUUCUCCUCCACAAUGACUCACACACAAACACCUAUUUAAUUAACUUUUUGAAUUAAAUCACCUGGUGUAAAAGACA